AUGCCUGAGAAGGCGAGCAGGAAGGACAAGGAUUCUAGCAUGGGGCCACCGCCUAAGAAGAGCAGGGGCGCAGCGACUCUCACCUUUCCCAGCGGAGGUGCUUCUAGUUCCGUUCGGGCGUGCUUGCUGCGCCGCAAGAGCGACCAGGACGUGGAGUGGAUCAAGACGCCUGGCGCACCAGAUAUCGCAUGUGUCGUCUGCUUCUCAGGUUUUGCCCCAGCGAGGUUCUUCUGCAACUGGAAGGACUUCGCGAAGGCGCACCAUGCAGGAGGCCCGCACAAGGACAGCGUGGACGCGGCCAUUAGGCUUUACCCGAACAAGGAGGCAGCAUCGCAACUGAUGGCACCAGUUGAAAUUGCGGACGGCACGAGCACGAUGAUUGAGAUUUACCGCGAGGGCAUGUGGCUUCCAGCGACUAGCACCAGGAAGGAGACGCACAACAGCACCCCGAAGCAGCUGAAGAUCGGAGACCCCCUCUCGCUCAAAUUCUUGGACGGCCAAGAGUUGAAGGUGUACAUCUUUAGUGACAAGUCUGGGCCCGCUGGGGCCAUGAGGGUGAGGGUUGGCGUGCAGGCGAGAGUUGACUCGAGGAGGACCACUAUGCCCGCGCCUGGCCAAGUUGUCCCAGGCCUCGGGAACAUGGCGAUACAGAACGCGAGGGAGAACGACACGUCGGGGGCACACGAUGAUGGUUUCCACGCCCUCUUGCAGGCUGGCGCCGCGCAGUGGUCAGAGGUUCUCGCGAGGGGCGACAGGGCACACAAGGGCCGGCUUGCACGCCGCACGGGCGGGAAGGGUGACGAGGGCGGCGACUAUAUCCUCUCCGAGGACGAGGCAGAGGACGGCGGCGGCGGCUCGCGUGGGCGCGAUGCUUUCGCAUCCCCAGCGCCGCCCCGAUUGGUCGACGACAGCGGCUCCGAGGCUGUCCGUGCCCAAGAUCCCGAGGGGCACCGUGAAGAUCCACAUCGCAAUCGAUGGCAUCAAGAAAACGUGUACGAGAUGGCCCACGACUCCGCCGCGGCUGACAUGGACGACGGCUGCUCCGCACCAGGGGAUGACGCAGCUUCGGUGUGCAGCUCGAGCGUGGCUAGCAUAGCGGCUCCAUCAGCAGGGGCGCGUCGCGACUCCAGGGGCGGCAAGAACCCGAUGUACUGGAUCAAGAAGCUGACGGUCAACAACGCGCUCUUAGACUUGACUGACAAGCGCGACUUGCACCACGGUGCUGAGCGCGCUAGGAAGUUUGAGGAGAGGUUCCCCGCAGAUGACACCAGUGCAAAAUUUGGUAAACAUUUGACUCGCGUCGGGGUCCUCCUGAAGAUCUCACCAGAGCACGUCCUGACUACGGGAUGGCCAGAGAUUCGAAGCGCGUACUCGGAGCUGUGCGUGAUCGACCAUCCCCCCAUUGGUGUGGCGCUGCUUGCUCUCGUGGAGAAGAAAGCUUCUGAGCUGGCUACGGCGUCCACACCGGGCAUGAGCAUCAGGGACACGGACAUCAUGGACCUCGCGGGAUGCGUCGCGCCGUGGCAGGUAGAAGGUGCAUCGGACACAGCGGCAGAUGGUGAGCCAGUCGUAUUCGAUACCCUGCGCCCUCAGCUCCAUCCGCUUGCUCCGAUCUUAAGUGGCGGGGUGCAGGCCAACGUCAUGGCGAAGUUCAGCGUUAAGAAGUCCGUAUGUCAGAUCAUAUCGACCACGGACGCCGAGAACAUAGCAUCCAACAUGGCAGCGGCCGUGCUCAACGUUCGCAUCGCUGUCGACACCAGGUUCGACUACAUCCAAGACGUGGAGACGCUGUACCAGGCAUCUGAGAUGACAACUGGGCGCUCAGUGCUGCAGGCGAUCGUCGCGAAGCUCACUAACAUUAACGAUACCACCAGCAUCGACGACUGCGCAACUACACUGGCGGAGGCGGUGACCCACUAUAAGCAGUAUGCGUGUCCCUUCCCGAAGGAGUCGCGCGCAACGCUCGAGGAACUCAUCCAUUCCACUGGGGUCAAGUUGUUCGACAAGUUGCCCAAUGUACCCGCCGAUGAGCGCAGCGGCCUGCUGUUUCGGGGCGAGUUCGCCCAAGGCGAGGCCGCCAUUCUGGCUCUGAGGGGUGUCAUUAACGAUAUUGGACAACUAUUAGGGAUGGUUCCUGUGUGCGACGGGCUGUCUGGUAUAUUGCAGGGGUGCAUGCACGCUUGCAGUGAGAAGAACGCGAACUCCGCCCGUACACUGGCCAACACUACGAGACAUUUGGUGGAAACACUGCGCAACGUGAAGCCCCACGCCACAUAUCUCAAUAAGGUCAAUGUGGAGCACAGCAUUGCCCUGGGUAUGGCGAGUGCCCUCCAAUUCUCUCGCAGCGUCAAGUCGUUGAAGGGGUCAUGCAAGGCGAAUGUUUUGGAGGGUGCUCGUGUAGCUGAAGUGUCAAAGCAUAUAUCCGACCCAUGCGUGGCUGCGCUCGCCCUAGCUGGUGGCAACCACAUCUCCGCGCCCAAAAGCAAAAACACAGCAAUCAUUGACAAUCUCUUGCGCAUGGCUGAGGCCAGGGACAAGUACGGCAACAUUUGGUCUCACGAGCUGCCCACUACAAACAAGGAUUGGGACAGCUUCUGCACUGUGUGCCAGGGCUCGCUGAUGUCGGUCGACGGGGAGGCGCUGGACGAGCUUAUCGGUGCAUGUGGCGUCGAGAGGGAGAAGUACGCCGAGAUCAUGAACGUUUUCGGUGGCAUCGACGAUCCCGAGUGGAAGCAAGUACAAGAUGCUCUUGCCCAGGGUCGCAUUACCGCCACCUGCCGCAAGCUCAUGGAGAUCUACCUGGACAAGUCCGUCGAUAAGCCAUCGAUGCGCAAUGAGACGAAGACGCAGAUCGAGGGCCACGCGAAGCACGGCAUCACGAAGGACAUGUUCCCACCCUGCUCGUGCGGCGCAUGCAG